AUGGAUGCAAAACCUAAUGUUGUCACUUAUGGAACUCUGAUCAACGGUUACUGCAAGGCUGAUGAACUUGACCAGGCCAUGAGGAGCAUGGAAAUGUCAGUGGUGCCGGCCACUGUUAUUUAUACCAUCCUCAUUGAUUCUUAUUGUAAGAAUCAAAAAGUUGACCUCUUCAAUGAGAUGCAGAAACAAGAUAUAUUGCCCGUCGUCAAGACCUACACCUCCAUUUUCAAGGGUUUUGAGGACCAUAACAUGUCUCAGAAAGCCUUCGAGCUUAUGGACAAGAUGAGUUCACAGGGAUGCAAACCGGACUAUGUGACAAUGAAUCUUCUUACAGGAUGGUUAACUGCGAUCGACGAGGAGAGACUGAGACUAUUUGUACCAUUGUCUGAACUUGCAAAGAAAAUUGGAUUGAAAUUGGAUUUAGUAAGUCUUUUGCAGUUCUUUGUUGAACAAAAUCUGUGUCAGAUCAUGUUUAAUGAUUCAAUGAACAAGGUCUUGAAGUGGGACCUAACUUCCACAAAGGGCGUGUGGGCCUUAGAAGAUGUAGCUGAGGAGUCCUCAGAAAUGUCACCACCCCAUUGCUCUAUAGCAGUUGAGAAGUCCAUGGUGACGGUUGUAUCCUCUGGAGCAACAAUAGAGUUUGGGAUUGUGGCUGAGAUUGGAACCACCACUAAGAUUGAGGCUUUUGCCUCUACUUUACCGAUUGCUCCUACCACUAAGACAUCGGCUCUGAUCAUCGAACUAGUGGAGUCUCCUAAGACGAUCGAUCAUACGACAAAGACUUAA